AUGGGUAGGAGUAAUUUGAGGGGGUUUGACCAUGCAUGUGCCAGCUCAGGCAGGUGUGCAUGAUGCUGGGUGAGCACGGAUGUCACCUGUGCCCUGCUGGUGGGCAGAGGCAAGGAGUAUGCCACGCUGGGGGUGGGCACCCAUGGGUGCGCAGGGGUGCAGGCAGCUCCAGGUGUGCGUCAGGCAGAGGCGGGGAGUGGGCCGGUGUGCUGCCGCCGGCUGUGCAGCGCGGGUGUGUUUGUGCACGUGCGGCCGGGCAGGGCGGUAGCUGGGGGGUUGCGCGGAGGUGACGUGUGCGUGGGGGGGCAGCUGUGGUUGUGCAGGUGGGGAGAGGCGUGCAGAGUGCCGGGUGUUGCGCCUGUGUGGUCCCUGGGUGCACGUGAGAGUCAUCACCACCCGUGCAUGAGCCUGGGUGCACGUAGGGUGCAUCCCUGGGGCUGCAAGGGUGGGUGUGCACGGCAUGGCGUGUGUGCAGGGCAUGGGGGGGCCGAGUGGCACCUGCGCCGGUGGUCCUUGCCUCCUGCCAGGUUGUGGGCGCUGGACAAGCAUCUGUGCCCCCCCCAAGGAUGGUGGUUUGCUGGCAAGGCUGCUUGCCUGCCUCAGAGCCAAGGUUGCAGUGUUACCCCCCCGUGUCUGUGGGUCUAUUGCGGAGAGGGAAACUGAGGCACAGAGCCUCCCCUGGCACAGUGGGCAAGGCUGCGUGCCCUGACUCCCUUUUGGAGACCAGUACUCCGAAGGUGGGCACUAAACUAGGCAGCCUUACCUGGGGUUUGGGGCACAGGAGGUGGUGGGCUGGGGUACAGGAGGCAGCGCACCAGCCCUGGUGGGUGCCUGUCCCAGCUGAUAAGGGUGGUGCACUUGUUGCAGGGCAAGGAACCCCCUGCAUCCCUGGUGUCCCCUGAGCCAGGGAGGGGGGAGCUGGCAUGUGGCAGAGGUUGGUGCCGAGGGCACUGUGCCCGGAUGUCCCCAGUCAAUGGACUUCUUGUGCCGGGCGCCUGUGCCACCGGGUGCCAGCUGGGAUCCCGGCAGUGGAAGCCACAGCAGAGGCUCCUCUGUGCCUGGGGAUGCACUUAACCCCCUCCCAGCUGCCCCUGGCACAGUGAUGGCUGCAAUUUGAGGGGGGCCGGGCAGGUGGGGGCUGCAGCAAGAUGUUGCCACAGGUCUUUCCUCUCUCAUGCUGUGGCUGCUGGUACAGCCAGCUGUUCUCCCCUGGGAGCCAGUGGGUGGACAACAGCGCUAGGCUUGGGUGCCAGCCCCACCAGGGAAGGGAAGCAAGCCCCAGGGUGCUGGUGGCACCCCACAGCAGAGCCCUGCAGGGGCUGGCAGCUGGUACAUUUGCUGAGCCAGAAGCUCCCCCCGCUGUGCCCAUGGCCCUGGCAUCAUGCCUGUGGCCUCGGUUGGGGAGCGGAGAGCCGGAUGUCUCCUCUCCCUCCCUCCCUCCCUGCUUCCUGGGGGAAAACUGAGGCCCAGGAGCAUUUCCCAAGGCCAGGGCGAGUUUCCAUGGAAAUGGGAGCGGGGGUCCAGGCUCCCAGCUGCUGGCACGGGCACCCGCCUAACAAGGGAGAAAGGGGCACAUUGAUGGGAGCCCGGCCCCCUGGGCACGCGUCCCAGCCCCAGCCGAAAAUAACCCCUCCUGGGGAGCGCUGCACGGGCAGCCGGCUGGGACUGAACCCCGCUGCCAGCCAGGGGUCCUCAGGAAGAGGUUCCAGCCAGUGGGGUGACCCCCAGCCCUGCCUGCCGCCACCCCCCCGCCCCGGCCCCGUUGCGUUGGGGAAGGGGAGGGCCGGCCGGGAGGAUCGAGAGCCGGACGGAAGGAGGGGGAGAGCCACAGCCUGCGUCCGGCCGACAGACGCCCUGAGCCCCCUUGUCCGCUCCGGGGGUAUAUAUGGGGCGGCCGAGGCCGGGGGUCAUCUCUGUAGCCCAGAUGAUGGGGCUGCGGGUGCCCUGGCUGCACUGAACGGGCUCUGCCGUGGGACGUCGGCCCAGGGAAGGGACAUCGGCGGUGCCAGGGGCCGGCGGCGGGCAGCCAGGCAGGAUGCGACGCUUCCAGGCUUUGCGCCGAUCCUUCCCCUUCCUCACCCGCUUCCGCCUCUACCGAAGCUGGAGAUGGGCUCAGGAGAUGAACCCUGCUAGCAUCCCUCGCACCCUACCCAGGCAGCACCCCAGCCUCAGCUCUCAGCCCCUCCAGAGGCUGAGCUGUAGCAUGCAGGCAGAGGAGGGCACAGACUGGCUGCUGGAGCUGCUCACCGAGCUGCAGCUGCAGCAGUACUUCCUGCGCAUCCGGGACGAGCUCAAUGUCACCCGCCUCUCCCACUUCGAGUACGUCAAAAAUGAGGAUCUGGAGAAGAUCGGCAUGGGACGCCCUGGCCAGCGGCGGCUGUGGGAGGCGGUGAAGCGGAGGAAAGCUAUGUGCAAGCGGAAAUCCUGGAUGAGCAAGGUGUUCAGUGGGAAGCGCCCUGAGUCAGAGCUGCCACCCCAGCCCCAGAGCACCUUCCGCAAGCCCCCCACACCACCGCCCCCCGAAGCUGGUGGCCAGCACUCCCUCACCUGCCUCGUGCGGGAGCGGGACCUCUCACUCUUUGAGAAGCUGGGCGACGGCUCCUUUGGCGUCGUGCGUCGUGGCGAGUGGUGCACGCCUGCCGGCAAGACGCUGAACGUGGCAGUGAAGUGCCUCAAGACAGAUGUGCUGAGCCAGCCGGAGGCGCUGGACGACUUCAUCCGGGAGGUGAAUGCCAUGCACUCCCUGGACCACAGGAACCUCAUCCGCCUCUAUGGUGUGGUGCUCUCCCACCCCAUGAAGAUGGUGACAGAGCUGGCCCCACUGGGCUCCCUGUUGGACCGCCUGCGGAAGAACCAGGGCCAUUUCCUCAUCUCCACCCUCUGCCAGUACGCCAUCCAGGUGGCAAAGGGCAUGGCCUACCUUGAGUCCAAGCGCUUCAUCCACCGUGACCUGGCUGCCCGCAACAUCCUGCUGGCCUCCAAUGAGCUGGUCAAGAUCGGGGACUUUGGGCUGAUGCGGGCCCUGCCCAAAAAUGAUGACCACUACGUAAUGCAGGAGCAUCGCAAAGUCCCCUUUGCCUGGUGUGCUCCUGAGAGCCUGAAGACACGCACCUUCUCCCAUGCCAGUGACACCUGGAUGUUCGGGGUGACCCUCUGGGAAAUGUUCACAUAUGGGCAGGAGCCCUGGAUCGGCCUCAAUGGCAGCCAGAUCCUGCACAAAAUAGACAAGGAGGGCGAGCGGCUGCCGCGGCCUGAGGACUGUCCCCAGGAUGUCUACAAUGUCAUGCUGCAGUGCUGGGCGCACAAGCCUGAGGACCGACCAACCUUUGUGGCCCUGCGGGACUUCUUGGUGGAGGCCCAGCCUACUGACAUGAGGGCACUGCAGGACUUUGAGGAGCCUGACAAGCUGCACAUCCAGAUGAACGACAUCAUCACAGUCAUCGAGGGCAGGGCUGAGAAUUACUGGUGGCGGGGUCAGAAUAAGCGGACCCUAAAAGUGGGCCAGUUCCCCCGAAACACGGUGACUUCAGUGGCGGGGCUGUCGGCCCACGACAUCAGCCAGCCGCUUAAAAACAGCUUCAUCCACACAGGCCAUGGAGACACCAACCCACAGCACUGCUGGGGGUUUCCUGAUAAAAUUGAUGAGCUGUACCUGGGAAAUCCCAUGGACCCUCCUGAUAUUUUAGGCGUGGACCCGAGUGCUGCCAGACCCACUCAGCUUCCAGGCAGGGCUAAAAGGCAGCCGCCUCCGCGCCCGCCUCAGCCUACCAUCCUGCUCACCAAGCCCUGCUACGACCCAGUCAGUGAGGAGGAGGAGGGUCUGCCGGGGGGUCUCCGGAAGCUCUGCCUAAAGAAGCCAGGCACAGGGAAGGGUCUGCGACCAGUCAAGCCGUCGGCACGGGUACCGGGCACCAAGGUGGGCGAGCGGCAACCCAGCCAGCCAGCAAGUGAGGGGCUGGCAGGCAGCGAGGUGACACUCAUUGAUUUCGGGGAGGAGGUGCCGCAAGGUAGCCCUUCGCCAGUAGGGGAGGUGACAGCCCCGUCGUUGGCCAAGCUGGCCAUGGAGGCCUUCUCCUUGCUGGACAAGACCCCACCGCAGAGCCCCACGCGGGCUCUACCCCGGCCCCUCCACCCCACACCAGUGGUAGACUGGGACACCCGCCCCUUACCCCCACCGCCUGCCUAUGAUGAUGUGGCACAAGAUGAGGAUGACUUUGAGGUCUGCUCUAUCACCAGCCCCCCAAGCCGGCGGGGCAAGACCAACUAUGGCUUUGUGGAUGAGGGCGAGCGGGGUCUGGUGCUGGAGGACAACCUCUUCCUGCCCCCCAAGGAGACCAAGCAGCCCAGCCUGACGCAGACCACCGAGCUCUUUGAGGAGCUGCAGCAGGAGUGCAUGAAGAGGCUCAACGUCCCCCUGGGACCAGCCACCCCCACUGAUGACAAGCCCCAAAUACCCCCCCGUGUCCCUAUCCCGCCACGGCCCCUACGCCGCAAUGAGCCCGGGCGCUGGUCAGGGGAGCUUUCCCCAGCUUCAGGGGGUGAGGAAGACCGGCCGCCCCAGAUUCCCCCCCGGGACCCACUGUCACAGCCCACCUCCCGGACACCCAGCCCCAUGGCCCUGCAGGUGGGCUCCCCCCAGCAACGCGCCGCCCUCUGCUCCUGCCUCUCCACAUCACCAGGAAAGCCCAUGCCCACCACACAGAGCUUUGCCCUCGACCCCAAGUACGCCACCCCCAAGGUCAUCCAAGCACAGGGCAAGGACUGCUCCAAAGGACCCUGCAUCCUACCCAUCGUGAAAGAUGGGCAGAAGGUCAGCAGCACCCACUACUACCUGCUGCCCGAGCGUCCUGCCUACCUGGACAAGUAUGAGAAGUUUUUCAAGGAGGCUAAAAGCCCCGAGGAGGUGCCAGCAUCCCGCCUGGUCACCACAGCCACCGUCCGUCCCAUGGUGCAGCAGCUGCCACCAGAUUGCAAAGCCAACUUCUCCUCCAACAACAGCAACCCUGGGCCCAAGUGCCUGGUGAAAGCCUCCUGCAGCCUCCAGAAGAUCAUCUACGAUGGCCCAGAUAGCUACCGCCCUGCCGACAAGAUCAGAUUGGUACAGGACACGGUGCAUGGUGUGACCACUGAGGAGUGCCAGGCAGCCCUGCAGAACCAUGGCUGGAGCGUCCAGCGGGCUAUCCAGUACCUGAAGGUGGAGCAGCUCUUCUGCCUGGGGCUGAAAUCCCGUGUCGAGUGCCACCGGGUGCUGGAGAUGUUCGACUGGAAUCUAGCCCAGGCCAGCUCCCACCUCCUCGAUCCCUACAGCACUGCCCGCCAGAAGCGGUGACAGUGGGGAUGGGGUGAGCUGCAUCGGAUCCGGCGCAGGCAUCUCAUCACAGGGCUACCCCCUCAAUGCCCACCCCCACCUACACAACCUGCUGCUGGACUCUGGACUGAGCCUCCACUUGGGGGACUGGGACACCCCGAAAAGGAGCCUACCCAGUGCCCCAGACUUGCCAGGGGGCCUGUGCUGUGGCUUCGGCAAUGGACUCCGUCCUCUGGCCCCUUGUUGAAUUGUUUUUGUAAAGAGAAAUGUAAUUUUAAUAUAUAUUAUAUAUAUACACACA